GUGAAUGUCGGUUUACUGCGGUAACAGUCAAGCACCGACCCAUAUUCCAAUUCCAAUGUCUGCCCCAUAUCUCUAGUCUACUAGUAGUUCGUACAAACAAAUUAACAAGACUCAAAACACAGUUUUCGUACUGAAGAAGAAUCAGCAUCUCUACUUUGCAGCUCAUCAAUUCUUUCUUCCUCUUCAGUCGCUCAUUUUAUUGGCCAUAUACAGGUAGCCAGGGACUACACAAAUCUUUGGCUGAAACACUGAUGGCACUUCUUCCUACAUCAUCUUUUGGAUUAUCAUCAGAGCCCUUGGAACAAAGUGGGACACUGGUGGCAAACACAAACACGAAAGCACCAACACCUCUCUCCUUGCAAAGCCCAAAUUCUUCACAGGGACCUGUGGCAAUUCUUUGGGACAUUGAAAACUGUCCUGUUCCAAGUGAUGUACGCCCUGAAGAUGUGGCUGGCAACAUCAGAAUGGCUCUGCGGGUCCAUCCUGUGAUCAAAGGAGCAGUUACGCUUUUUGCUGCCUAUGGAGAUUUUAAUGCUUUCCCCAGGCGAUUAAGAGAGGGCUGCCAGAGAACUGGUGUUAAACUUAUAGAUGUCCCUAAUGGCAGGAAGGAUGCAGCUGACAAGGCCAUAUUGGUUGACAUGUUUCUUUUUGCUCUUGACAAUCCUCCACCCUCGUCCAUUAUCCUAAUAUCAGGAGAUGUUGAUUUUUCUCCUGCACUUCACAUUCUUGGUCAACGUGGAUACACUGUGAUCCUUGUCAUUCCUGCAAAUGUUGGUGUUUCGUCUGCUUUGUGUAAUGCUGGGAGGUUUGUAUGGGACUGGCCAAGUAUUGCUCGAGGUGAAGGUUUUGUGCCUCCUGCAAAGGCCUUUAGGGGUGGUGUCUCAGACAUUACUGGGAUUCUAAUGGGUUGUUGCCAGAUUAAUGACAACUCAGAUUAUCAGCAUGAAGAUGAAGCAAUAGUGUAUAGGGGUCUCUCUCAGAGCUACUAUAAUGCUAGGGAUUUCUCAAUGAUAUCACAUUCUCUGGCCGAAUAUAAUACCACUUCAAUUUGCAUGCCAUGUUAUCCUAUGGGUACGCGAACUCAUAGUCUUCCUUCUGGUUUAAAUGAAGGAGGUCCAUCUUCACAGGAUCAGAGUGAAUUGACAUGGGUGCAGCCUGGGGAUAUAAAUGGUUUGAAGGGGCAGCUGGUGAAGUUGCUUGAAUUAUCUGGUGGCUGCUUGCCUCUUACACGAGUUCCUGCAGAAUACCUGAAAAUUUAUGGGAGGCCUCUUUAUAUUUCAGAAUAUGGUGCAGCUAAGCUCGUGAAUCUUCUCAAGAAGAUGAGUGAUACAAUUUCUGUCGGGGGGAAAGGCCAAAAGAAGUUUGUCUACCUCUAUAAUUCAUGUGCUUUACCAAGUGCUCCCCCCAUAACUAUUUUAAAAAGAGACAAUAAAGGAAAAGGAACACAAGAGGGAAAUGCCGAUAUUGUGACUGGGAUUGGAUCUUCGGAUGAGUUCUCAGAUGAUGAAAGAGGACUCGUAAAAGAGCGUGGGGGGAGCUGUGAGAAAUCUGAUAUGGGUCCAAUAGUUGAAAAAAGCCUUGAAAAUUUCAAGUAUGAACUUCAAGAGAUACUUGUUAGCUACUCUUGCCGAAUUUUUCUUGGUUGUUUUGAGGCAAUAUAUCAACAAAGGUACAAGAGGCAAUUAGACUACGAGAGCUUUGGAGUGGCUGAACUUGAGCAGCUACUAGCGAAGGUGAAAGAUGUUGUGAUUGUGCAAGAGGAACCAGUUAGCAAGAGGAAGUUUCUGGUUGCUGUUGGUGCCUAGAAGUGUUUGUCGUUUCAUUUCUUGACUAUUUACUGUCUUAACUUCCUUGGGACUUAUGAUGAGCUUAAGCCUUGUGCCAUUGGAGGGAUGUUGAAGUUAAAGAAGGGCCGUUCUCCAUGCAAAAGCGCUCCCAUGAUGGUGUCAAUUAUGGCAGGCCAGUCUAGCAAAAGUCGGAUCAUUUUUGUCACAUUCUUCAAUUUGUUUAUGGUUUGUGUACCAUAUUGAAACUCCGGCAGAAGCCUGUGAUGGAAAAGAUAGUAAACGUCUGAUUGGAAAAUAGGGGAGAAAGGAUACAGGUCCAAAAUGUGAUUGAUAGCCUUGGUUUACUGUUAUCCGAAAAUGAGCUGUAACUGUAAGUUGGGCAAUAGCUAUGAAUUUGGUCGUGUGAACAUCUAAAUGGGUGGAGAUAUGCAACGUCCAUGACUAUAACAAGACCUAGUUGGAUGUCAACAGCAGUAGCAUACAGAGUCGUAGGGUCCAUAUGAUCAUGUCAUAUGGAGUAACUUAAACAGUCGGUCAAGGACUUGAGUCAUAUGGUUGCAUGCACUUCGAUGUUGCUCCUUGAGGCGUAAAGUUUGUCAUGAAACUCCAACUGUGUUUAUCCUUUGGAUUGUUUCAUGCUGCGGAAAAUGGUGGCUGUAGUUUAAUCACAUAGUUUGGGUAUUUAAGCUAGACGUGGGCUAGGAGCACUUUGCUCGAUGUAACAGAUGCUUGCCACAUGCAAAAGCAUCAUAGAAAGGGUUUUGAAAGAAUUAUUCUUUCCAAUUGUUCUGGUUUUGGAAGGAAUAUUGUUUAACAGCUUCUGUUGCUCUUUGUCAACAUAAGCUUGGAGCUAUUCGGUUGCUUCUGUGGGAAACAUUUGUUCUGUAGGUGGAUUAUGCUAUAUAAUUGAUGGGAAGGACUGGUUCAUUUGUCAGCAAAUUUUCAUAUGGUCAAUUUUCCUUGUACAUUAAACUGGUCUCGUUUGGUUUCUUCUUCCCUCCUCCCAUGGCAAGUUUAUUAUGUAUAUAACCUAUGCCACACCCCUCCUUGCUCAGGCAAGGCUUGAGAAACUUUGUUAUAUACCCAUGUUUGACUGGAUGAUGCUAAAGGUUUAUUUGUUUGGUUAGUA